AUGUCCCGCAACAAUAAAUCAUCUCACUCACCUGAUGUUCACGAGCAGGCCUCGACAAACUACAAGGAAGCCUUCUCCCUCUUUGACAAGCGCGGCAGCGGCCGUGUCGCCCUCGAGUCCCUCGGUGACCUUCUCCGUGCCUGCGGGCAGAACCCGACCCUUUCUGAACUUGCCGAUCUCGAGAAGAGUGUUGGCGGCGACUUCGAUUUCGAGUCGUUCCUGAAGGUCCUUAACCGCCCUGGUGGAUUCCGUGAGCCUGGCGAUCCCGAGGAGUAUUGUCGCGGGUUCCAGGUCUUUGAUAAGGAUAUGACGGGUGUUAUUGGUGUUGGGCAGUUGCGCUACAUCCUUACAAACUUGGGCGAGAAAAUGACCGAUGACGAGGUUGAUGAGCUGCUCAAGGCCGUCGAUACCAGCAGCGGGGAGAUCAACUACACCGAUCUCGUUCGCACCAUCCUGGCCAACUAA